GCGGCGCGGCCGGCGGACGAGCGAGCGCGCGGCCGUGCGCGCGCGGUCGCGGCGAGGGCGGGGGAAGAAGAACACCCUGUUUCCUCUCUGGCCCCCACCGCGGAUCAUGUACCAGGAUUAUCCCGGGAACUUUGACACCUCGUCCCGGGGCAGCAGCGGCUCUCCUGCGCACGCCGAGUCCUACUCCAGCGGCGGCGGCGGCGGCCAGCAGAAGUUCCGGGUAGAUAUGCCUGGCUCGGGCAGUGCCUUCAUCCCCACCAUCAACGCCAUCACCACCAGCCAGGACCUGCAGUGGAUGGUGCAGCCCACAGUGAUCACCUCCAUGUCCAACCCUUACCCCCGCUCACAUCCCUACAGCCCCCUGCCGGGCUUGGCCUCUGUCCCAGGGCACAUGGCGCUCCCCAGACCCGGCGUGAUCAAAACUAUCGGUACCACCGUGGGCCGCAGGAGGAGAGAUGAGCAGCUAUCUCCCGAAGAGGAGGAGAAGCGUCGGAUCCGGAGAGAGAGGAACAAGCUGGCUGCAGCCAAGUGCCGGAACCGUCGUCGGGAGCUGACAGAGAAGCUGCAGGCGGAGACAGAGGAGCUGGAGGAGGAGAAGUCGGGCCUGCAGAAGGAGAUCGCAGAGCUCCAAAAGGAGAAGGAGAAGCUGGAGUUCAUGUUGGUGGCUCACGGCCCUGUGUGCAAGAUCAGCCCUGAGGAGCGCCGGUCACCCCCGGCCUCUGGGCUACAGCCCAUGCGCAGUGGGGUCAGCACCGUGGGUGCCGUGGUGGUGAAACAGGAGCCCCUGGAAGAGGACAGCCCCUCUUCCUCAGGGGCGGGGCUGGACAAGGCCCAGCGCUCUGUCAUCAAGCCCAUCAGCAUCGCUGGGGGCUUCUACGGGGAGGAGCCCCUGCACACCCCCAUCGUGGUAACCUCCACGCCUGCCAUCACCCCGGGUACCUCGAACCUCGUCUUCACCUACCCCAGCGUUCUGGAACAGGAGUCGCCUGCGUCACCCUCCGAGUCCUGCUCCAAGGCCCACCGCAGAAGCAGUAGCAGUGGAGAUCAGUCAUCAGACUCCUUGAACUCCCCCACGCUGCUAGCCCUGUAACCCUGCACUCAUCACUGCCUCCUUCCCAGGGACCAGCGUUGUCAAGAGCAAGAAGGGGUGGGGGUGGGGUCCUCUGCCAGGGAGCUUCCUGGCCCUGGGGGAGACCCAGGUGGGACUUGGCAGUGAGGCAUUGGAGGACUUGGGCUGAUCUCUCGGAAGCCAUGGAACCUUCUUCCCUGUUCAUCUUGUGAGCAAAUCCUGCUUUUCUUUUUUGUUUUCGAAAGCCAUGGAGGACUUGGUUCAGUAGACUCAAGACAUCACUCUGGCUGCUGAAGAGAGCCUGGAGCUGGCCCACAUAGUCCCCCCCCUUUGAUAUGCUAUUGUCUCUGGAGUGCUGAUGUCCUCCCCGUACCCCACCAAGCAUGCUCCGUGCCUUCUGGGUUCUCCUAACUUUGACUGGUCCCUUCCCUCCCCCAGUGUGAGUUUCAGUCCCUCUUGGUUUUGAUGAAAUUUGCCAUGACAUUUCACCUGGGUGGUCUGGAUAUUCACACCCUUCAUUUCUGGAGAUGAGGCAGCAAAUGACACUUCUGCUGGGGCCACCUUGUCCAGAAGGGGCAGGCAAAGUGCAAUACAGAACCUUCUCUCCCCAACACUCCCCACGGUGCCAACGCCAUCUCCAGACCCCCAGCGGGGCUCCCUGAGCUCUCCAGGGGACACCACCGUUGCCCAGCAAGCACCAAGGACACUUCCUUCCCACUUCGGAGAUGCAUCAGCUGGGCCAGAAGAUGAGGUGUGAGUGCCACGGCCGUGCACAGGUUGGGUUUGCCAAAUGCCUAAUUACCAGCCCAGGAAAAGUGCCAACAAAUCUACACAGGUGUCCUAGCCAACUUCCCUCCACCUGGUGUCUUGGGCAGGGCAUCUCCUGUAACUACUGCCUCACCAUUCUGCCCCUGGACCCUUCUCUCCAGAGCAACCAUACAUCACUCCAAGGCCCUGCUGGGCCCUGCCGUUCCCUGGUUGUCAGGGUGACACCACCUUUGGAUUUCAUGAGCUGAGCACGGGUCUGGACCCUCCCCAGAUUCUGACCAAGUGACUCUUCUGCAAACGUCGAAGGGUAGAAGGGCUGGGGGAUUGGGGAAGGUGGAGGUAGGGGUCAUGUCACAGCAGCCUCUCUGGCAGCUCAAUGAGGUGCAGGUCCCCUUCUGCUCUCUGUGGUCUCUGCCACUUCACUGAUCCAGAGCUUUCUUUUCCACCUGCUCCCUGUCCCACCCCAGGGGGCUCUUUUGGUCCAGUUGGCUAGUUGUGAGAAGCUGGCCCCAGCAAGGUCUUGCUGGGGCUUGGGGAUUUCUGCACCAUUCUGGGGUAUCUGGGGUGGGCUGCUGAGGUUGGAGCCAGGAUGCAUUGCUUCCCACGGCAGGAGAGCUGCCCUUCCCACAGGUGGCAAGGCCUCUGGCAAGAGCAGGCCUCAGCAGAGCCCUUUCUCCCCAGAGCCUGUGGAUGCUUGUCCUGGGAAGCAUGUCUGCUCAGAACUGGCCUCUGAGGGAGAUUCACUGUGGCAAUUCAGUUCUAGAGACCAUCGUCCACUAUUUAAAACAAUUUCUAAUAUAAAUAACUUAAAUCAAGUUUCCAAGUCUUGACUGUGGAGAGAGACACGUUCCCUUUACACAUGCUGGUCAUUAUUUAUUUCACCACCCACUUACAUACACACUAGACACGCGGGAUGGAAGGGCUUAACACACAGCCCGGCUAGGACCCGAAGUGACGUGCAGGGGCUGGCUUGGUAGAGAGACGGGAUGGAAAAGCAAAAAGACUGCUCUGAAUACACGUGAUCGUUCCCAUACUCCUUGCUGUGAUGUUUCAGGUUUCCCAGAGCCUCUGUGAAGGGUGCUCCUGAGAAGAAGACUGGCCUCCAAAAAAUUAAAACGGCAGAAGGGAGCCAGGUAGCAGAGGAGGGCAAAGAACCCCCAGGGUGCUCUCAGUGAGGAACAGCUUCAUCAUCUCAAGUGGUAUUUGUAGCCAAGCAGAAGCCAUUUGCUUCUUUGUGCAUAUAGCUCUUUCUUUCCGUGGAGCUACUCUCUGCUCAUUUGUUUCUUAGAGCCCCUUGUCACUGCCCUCUGUGCAGCCCCAAUCCGAUGCAGGUCAUGCUGUGUGAUCUGGGGCCCAGCUGGACAGUCCUGAGCGAGUCUGGCUUCAGUUCAGAUUCCAAUGUCAAUGUGUUGGCAUGGGCACCAGCAGAAGGCUCAGCCAGCCAAGAGUGCAGAGCCUCUGAGGUGCUUUUCCUUCAGCAACUCCUUUGCUUUGUUCUAGGAGGUUGCUUGGCUUCCCCCAAGGCCAGAAGUUAUUUGAGGAAGGCUGAAUAUUCAAACCUUCUGGUUUGCUCUCCAAAUUUACAUACCAGUCUCUCUCUCUUUCUCUCUCUCUCUGUAUUUCUCUCUCUCUCACACACACACAGACACACACACCACACACCA